UCUCCAACCUUCUGUUAAGAGCAGAGUGCUUUGGGCCAAUGAGAUGCCACCACUCUGUUUCCAUAGUGAUAAAAGAAACAAACCUCCCGCCAUCUCCCUCACAAGUCAGGCUCUGUCAAAGGACACUGGGUAGAGGGUGGCUUUCUCUCCAAGUGUGACUUUCACUGAAAUACCUGGGGACAACUGAGCUGUCUUCUAAGGGACGCUCCUGGCAUGCCUGCUCAGCCCUUCUGAAAGCCAUUGUCUGGGUCUGCAGAUCUUCACCGUCCCCUGGCUUUGGGCCUUGGCAUCUCAACAGCUUGGGGAUAAGCGCUGAAGCCAGAGUUCUGAAACAUCUUGAUUUGCUGUAAAAUGAACCUUGAUUUUGUUCUGAUGAGGUCUCGUUUCCCUAAAAGAUUACGGUUUCUUUAAGGCUCUCAGCGUGGAAAGGAACCACAGGGGAAUGAAUCUUUGAAAGAAUUAAGUAAGAGUCCCUGACCUCGCAACCAAGACUGCAUCUGACCCUGGCCAUAAUGUAUCCCAAUCCUCUCAUCUACUGCACCUGCUGGGACCCAUGGAACUUGGGACCACGGAAGCUAAUCAAGACCCCUCAUCCACUUCCAAAGACCCUCACAGGAAAGCCUAGAAAAACUCAUCCUACACCAGUUUCAAGGGAACGCAACUACCUUCUGUCCCAACCAACCAAACCUGUUGUUUCCCCAAAAGACAAAGCCCAGGCAGAAAAGCUGGAGGAAGGCGGCAAACUUCCUUCUACCCAGGAGGUGAUUGACGUGUCACCUGGCUAUAAACUCAUUCGAAAUCGGGAACAGAUUUCGGUCACCUUGGGAGAUGAGAUGUUCAGUAGGAAGAAGCACUUGGGAUCGGACAUCUUGAACAAAGUCAAGUUUUCCAGGACCGACAUCAUCUCUGACCUUGAGGAGCAGAUCUCCGAGUUGACGGCAAUAAUAGAGCAAAUGAACAGAGACCACCAGUCUGCCCAGAAACUGCUCUCCAACGAGAUGGAUCUCCGCUGCGCCGAGAUGAAACAGAAGUUCGAAAACGAGAACAGGGAUCUCAAAAAGGCUCACAAACUGGAGCUCGAGAAGUUAGAGAACAGCUACAAAGAUGCCCUGAAGGUGGAAAAGGCUUCUGCCCAGGAAAAGCUAGAGGACAUGGGCAAAGAGUAUAAGUACCUGAAGAAUAUGUUCCACAUGUAUCAGGACAGCAUUUAUGAUGAGAUGGAAGACAAGUGGACAAAGCGGAAGGCAGAAUGGGAGAAGGAUGAGAAGCUGGAGAGGGAGAAGAUCCUGCUGCAACAGAAACACAGGAUAACAAAAAAGUUUGAGCUAGAGUCGGAAGAAGAAAAGAAGAAAAUGAAUGAAUCCUUCAGUGCCGUUUUCGAGAACUUCACCCGAGAGAAAGAGGAGCUCAUCAAACAGCAUGAUGAAGAUUUGUUGCAAAUGCAGGAGCUGAGAAAAUCCAAGGAGAUCUUGGAGGCCGAGUUGCAGGCACAAGCGAUCGUCCUGGAGACGCUGAACACGAGCCUCUACCACUGCCAGCUGGAGCUCCAGAGAGAGAAAACCGUGGUGGGAAACCUGGAGAAACUGUUCCAGACGAAGCUUGCUGAAGCCGAAGAGAAGUACAAGUACACCAUCCAGAUCCUGACGGAGGAAAACAUCUGCCUCAGGCAAAAGAUGGUGACCAAGAAUGAAAUGUCCGACAUGUCGGCGUCUGCUACUCCUUGUACGCCUGAGUCUGACUUUCCGAACGAACGUAGAUAAGGAAGCGCGCUCCCCAGCUGUGUACACACCCACGCAGCUCCUAUGGAACUAUGGACUCCAGCAAGGCUUUUUGUUAUGACUUUAUUUUUGUCUUUUUGCAUUCUCCAGAAUGGUUAGAAAUGUUUGAAAUCUUAUCUCAAUUAUAUCGUGAAUCUUCUGUGAAAACUGUUGUCGCCUGUCCUGGGGUUGAAACUUCUGUGUUCUGUGCAAAUAUUUCCUUUCCGGCUUCUUACAUAUUUUGAUCAGAGACUGGUUUGAAGGGAAUUCUUAUUAAAUGAUGCAUUAUGAGGUGUGAAUCUUGUCCCCCGAGGGCACAUAGCAAGCACGAAAAUUAAUUGAUUUAAUUUCAAAAAAAAUUUCUUAACUGAUAUAUCAUACGUCUUAGCCCAACGACUCAAAAAGACUAAGAGACGAUUUACCCUGUCUCUGAUCAUCAUGAGAAUCCAGACACCCACAGGGGACCAACAUCUACAUGAAAGUGGGGUGGACACACAGGAACCCAUCACGUAAGCAGGAUGCCAAGGCCUCUGUGGAGACUUACACAAACCGAGGUGAACUCAGAGCCACCCCGUCCCUCAUCACGACACUUCUUAGACUCAUUGGAUUGCCUGCCCUUUGGGUGCAGGGGGUCACUAUGAUUAAAAAACAAAUUCUG